AUGUCAAGCUCGACCGAAUACCUCCAAGGAACACCACCGAUCAAGGCGAAUUGGGAGUUAGAGCUGUUCUGGAUAAAUCCAACAUACAAGGAGUUGAAGAGUGAAGUGGUUGGGAAAUGUGGCUAUCAACAGAACCAUUCUCUCUUGCUGUUUUGCGCGAUAUCAUGCAUCCUCCGGCGUAUCUGGAUGGAGGUUCAUCACGGGAUCAGGAAUGCGAGACUUCAAGGGGACUACAGUGAUUAUGCACUGACCGAACCUUGUCCUUUGAGGUCUACUGAUGAUCCUUCGGGGUCUAAAGACGUUCCAGGGAGAGCUUUGGUCACAUGGACCAACAGGGGAGAAAGCAGGCGAAAGGAGCUCGAUCGAGUCCCAAGCUCGAUCGAUCCUGCACAGGAGGUUCGAUCGACCUCAUACGCAGAGCAGCUCGAUCGAACACAUGCAGACGAGAUCGAUCGACCCAUUCACGAGUACUCGAUCGAUCCCAUGCAGAGCAAGCCAGCUCGAUCGAUCCCGUUCUUCUCAGCCGUUCGAUCAAUCCCGGUCAGAUGA